AUGUUGUCUAGAAGGUCGAUUGGGAUAGGUACCGCUUCAUUUCCAAGAUUAAUCCAAAGACAGAACAGUCGUCUUGUUCCUUAUCUUCGAAAUAAUGUCACCCUGUUUAAAAGAACGGUGAAGACUUCAACAUUUGAUUGGAAACCAGUGAAAGCAGUUCCAGGAAAUUUAGCCACUAUGGAACAACAAAAGAAAAGACCAAUAUUAAGAGGAGUCCUAUUGGGAUUAAUGAUUGCCAUGCCGGUAAUUUCAUUCUUUUUAGGAUGUUGGCAAGUUAAGAGAUUGAAAUGGAAAACUGAUUUAAUUGCAAAGUCCGAAAAUUCUUUAGCCCAACCCCCAAUGGAAGAAUUACCUGCUAUCCUUGAUCCGGAUGUGAUUCCUGAGUUCGAAUAUAGGAGGUUUAAAUGUAAGGGCCAUUUUGAUUAUUCUCAAGAAAUGUUCUUAGGUCCAAGAAUGAGAGAUGGAGCAUUAGGAUAUCUUGUGGUUACUCCAUUUAUUAGAGCUUCUGGUGGGAAGCCUAUAUUGAUUGAAAGAGGUUGGAUACAUAAGGAUAAAGUUAUUCCUGAUACACGUAAAUCGGGGUAUUUAUCUCAUUUAGCUAUGCCGCAGGGAGAAAUUGAAAUUGAAGCGUUGUUUAGAGUCAUGCCUACGAAAUCAUCAUUGCAAUUCGAUCAUGAACCAGGAACUAGAAUGUUUACGUUUCCUGAAGUGCCUGCUAUGGCGGAACAAGCAGGGACAUUGCCGAUCUAUUGUCAGAUGAUUUAUGAUUUACGCGAUCAUCCAGAAUGGAGAAAGCAUGAACCACAACCAGAAGAAAGUUCUAAGAGACUGACUUCGAUACUUGGAGUCUUAUUGCAUCGGUCUGAGAAGUCGGAAGAACAACAAAAACAAUCAAAAGAAGAUGAUGAUGCGGCAUUUAUAUCUAAAUUAGCAGAGGAGGAUGCGACUUUACAAUAUCAAGAAAUUGAAUUUAUCAAGGCAGGGGUACCAAUUGCUCAUACACCAAAGGUAAAAUUAAAUAACAAUCAUAUGCAAUAUUUAGUUACAUGGUUUGGGGUUUCAAUUGCAAGUUCAGGAUUGUUAGCAUAUAGUAUUUGGAAGAAUAGACAAUUCCUGAGUGCUGAAAAGAUCAUAGCUGCCAAACGUCAAGAUAUGAAGAAGACCUUUUAG